GUCGUGUAGGGACUGUAAGGCAUGUCUGAAAUUGGCUACUCAACAGUCGCAAUAAACUAUGUGGUUGAACCACAACAGAAGAAGCAGGAAAUUCCUAAGCCACAGAAUGUGUCCGACAUAUUUGAUAAAUUCCCAGUAGUACAGGGCAAAUCUUCUCCCGUCAAAGUACUGAAUCGAUUGACCAUCAUAGCCUCUGAUGCUUCUCAUUUUAGACCAACCAAUGAAUACAAAAGCUUUGACCUUGUGGCAGUAUAUCCCAAGACAGAAAAACUCUUUCAUGCAGCCUGCAUGACUUUUGAUGUGGACAUUAUCUGCAUUGCAGUGGCUGAAAAACAGCCCUUCCAUUUUAAAAGGGCUCCAGUUAAUGGGGCUAUUGACAGGGGAGUUUUCUUUGAGACAUGUUAUGCGGCAGCCAUCAGAGACACGACUAUGAGGAGAUACACCAUUGCCAAUGCCAUCAGCCUCAUGGAAGUCUGUAAAGGAAAAAAUAUCAUAGUGUCCAGUGGAGCAGAAAGACCUCUUGAGUUGAGGGGCCCAUAUGACAUUGCCAAUUUAGGGCUUUUGUUCAGCCUGUCUGAGGGAGAUGCCAAAGCUGCCGUUUCUACUAAUUGUCGAUCUGUCUUGCUUCAUGGAGAGACGAGAGCCACUGCAUCUGGUGUUGUUUACACCAUGAAGAAACCAAAAACUCCCCAGAAGCAAGAAGAAGAAUCUCCAAUAUCUAAAAAGGCCAAAACUGAAUUAGCAUAGCCAGUAUUCCAGCAUUCAUGUGUUACGUUUUUUAUUUUUUCAAAAUGAAGGUUAAUAUUCCCAGAAUCCCUUUUCCUCAGUCUUGCAAUCCACUUUGAAUAAAAUAAUACAGAUAUUUUAAAAUUACAUUUAUUUAGUCGAGCUUUAAAGGAAUUGCAAGCAAAAUUUACAGAUGCAUGUACAGAUAAUAAACGGAUAGUAUAAAAUUGCUCAUCUCACAAGUGCAUUCUGUAAUAAAUUACCAUUUAGAAUAU